AUGGCUGCAUCAAAUAUUUUUUGUCUUGUCAUCCUCAUGUAUGUGUGCUUUGCAUCGUUUGUUACAAGUUCUCAUAUUGGCAGCGAGGAUUAUUCUCUACCAGAUCCUCAUCAGUCAUUAUCUGCUGCCGCCCAACAUCAUCAAACCCACGAAACUUAUUCGGAAAUCUCUAAACCUGUACCGGUACAAGUUAUUGAAAAAAUACCUUUGCCUAUACCCCAUCCGGUAGCGGUUAAGGUUCCCAAUGUUAUACGUAUACAAAUUCCCGAACCUUAUGCUGUUCAUGUACCCGUACAGCAGGAAAUUCAGGUGCCUACUUAUCGUAUUGUUCCAGAAAUUACCGAGAAACGUAUACCAUUUACGGUGGAAAAACCCUAUCCCGUUGAGGUCGAAAAACCUUAUCCGGUUGAGAUUAUUAAACAGAUAAAGAUUUCUGUACCGAAACCUUAUCCAGUGCCGUAUACAAUUUAUAAACAUGUUAUGCAAAAGGAACAUGGUUGGUAA